UAACAAUGAUAAUUAUAACCGAUUAACCGUUUACCAUCCAUACUGGCUGUUACAACAAGAUCUUACCGGCUUGAGAACACGAGUAAAAAUUAAUAAUAAUUUUUACAAAUAGUUGUUAUACUCGUAAGAAAGAAAACUUUAAGUGUAUACGUAUAAUAUCUGUAUAGUACCUUAAACAAUAAAACAAUCUAAUAUGGCUAAAGUUAAGCAAAGUACAAAAGCUAAUUCUUCUAAUAAACCUUUGAAAGUCAUUAAAAAUAAUGCUAUCCAUAAAAAGAAAAAUAAUAAAUUUGCAAACACACCAACUGGUAAGGUACGCAUAAUCAAUGGAAAUAAAAUGCAGAAUAAUGAGAAUGAUUCAAAUCAAUUAAGUAAUAAACAGAAACAAAAGAGUGGCUUAAAAAAGAAGAAUUCAGAAUCUCUGGGCAAUAAAAAUAUUUCUUCACAAAAUAAUAAAAAUAGAUCAAAUAAACAAUUUUCAAAAGAUAAAAAAAAUUUAGCGUAUAAGAAAAAUAAAUCUGACGAAUCUUUGGAUGAUACAAAUGAAGAUGUUAUACUGUCAAAUGAUAGUAUUGUUUCACAAGAUGAUAAUGAUAAAGUACCAGAUAUCUUUGGACAAAGUUUGGCAGAUGAUACAGAUGAAGAUGAUACUGAUUUUAAUGAGGAUGAAGAAUCUAAUGAAGAUGAUGAGUAUGAAUAUAAUAGUGAUGUAGAUAAUUCCGUUUCAUUGGAAAUUAAGAAUAAAGGAGUACAAAUGUUUAAAGGAGUAAAAAAUAAAAAUUCUGAUUCUACUGAAGAAAGUGAAGAUAACUAUGACAGUGAAAAUUACGAUGAUACUGAUAAUGAUGACGAAGACGAAGAUGAUUAUUUAGGUGAUUCUUAUGAAGAAGAUGAAACUGAAGAUAUGAAUACAUCUGAAGAAAAAAGAAAGAAAGAUGAAGAAGAUGAGGAUGACGACGACGAUGAUGAUGAUGAUGACGACGACGACGACGAUGAUGAUGAUGACGAUGGUAAUGAAUAUUCCCUUGACGAUCUUUAUAAAGAAGACGAAAGUGAUAAGUCAGAUGAAUAUCAAUAUGAAACAAACAUUUCAUUACUUCUAGCUAAAAAUAAAAAGAAAAAAGGUAAUGUCAAUCUUAAUGAAGAAGAUGAGGAUGAGGAUGGUGAUGAUGAUGAUGAUGAUGACGAUGAUGAUGAUGAUGACGACGACGACGAAGAUGAGGAUGAUGAAGAGCCUACUCCUGGUUUGAAAGAUCUUUUAGCAAACAGUAUUGUGGAUGAUGAAAAUGAUGAAGAUUUUAAGGGAGAUGAUGAAGAUGAUGAGGAUAUUGACAUUAGUGAUGAAGAAUCAGAGUCUGAAGAACUUGAAAAAAAUAAAAGAACAGUUUAUAUUAGUAAUAUCCCAAAUAUUGUAAAGAAAGAAGAAAUAAAGAAAGUAUUUAGACAAUUCGGUUAUAUUGAAAGUAUACGAGAAAGAUGCAUAGUUCCAAAAGAUUUGAUGAUGAGUAAAAAAGUAGCUGCUAUAAAAAAUCAGAUACAUCCAAAAAUAGAUGUUACUACUAUGUAUGUUGUAUAUAAGACUGCAACAUCGGCUCAAAAAGCAUUAAGUUUAAAUGGAAAAAAAUUCAAAGGCAAUUACUUGAGAGUAGACUCUGUUGAUAAAUUGAAGAAGAAGCCAGACAGUAAAAAAGCUGUAUUUCUAGGAAAUUUAUCUUUCACAAUCAAAGAUAAUGAUGUUUGGGAACACUUCAAACAAUGUGGAGAAAUUCAUUCUGUACGAUUAAUCAGAGAUACAAGAAAAGGUAUAGGAAAAGGAAUAGGAUAUGUUAAUUUUCAAAGUGAAGAUUCUGUACCAUUAGCGUUAGAAUUAAAUGGAUCAACUCUUCUAAAUCGAGAAAUACGGGUAAAACGGUAUUCUACAGAUGACAAACCGAAACAGAGAUUUAGAAACACGAAUAAAAGAUCACUCUCUGUAAAUAACAAAGUUAAUAAAUCAUCAAAGAAGUUGAAAUCUAAUGAUGCAGAUAAAACUUCUCCAACAGAGAGUAAUAAAAAGAAAUUGAAACUUAAGAAUAAAUUACAGAAAGACAGUAUCUCAAAUGUUUCAGUAAAAAAUACUACCACUUUUCAAGGAGAGAAAGCUACCAUAGAAAAGAAAAAGAAGAAGAAGUCUAAGUUGGAACAAGAGAAAAAGAAAAUGGCUGCAAUACUCACUACCAAAUCCAAAAAACAGAAAGUCUAAUUCGAUUAUUAUGCGACUUCUUUUGUGUACAGAAUAUCUUUAACAUACAGAAUCCUCUGUAAUACAUUUUUAUCAAUUUUAAGUUUUUUGCAAGUUAAACACGAUAUAAACUAAUUUUUAAUUUUUCAACGAAUAUAAUCGUUAAUGAGAGACAAAGUUUAUAAUAUUGUUCCUAGGAAAUAUUUAUCCUUGAAACUUGUAAAGAGAAUAAUAAUAAGAUGAUUAAUUGAUUUGUAAAAGAUUUUUCAGAAACAAAUAAUUUAUAUCUACGAAUGUAAUAUCUCUAUUUGAAAGUUGUAUCUUACAAUCAUAAAAAUAUAUAAAACAAAUGAUA